UGAGACCCCUCGGUGACCAGUUUAGUUCUGCUUGGCAUUCGAACCGCACCAGAGAUCAUGUGACAGAAGACAAGCUAGGAUCCUCGCGUACACUUCGAUCCAGGAUCUGUUUGGACCACGUUCGACCAUCGAUAGACGUUCCGUCCGCCAGUCGACCGCUCGCGAUCGCGCGACAGUAAGGUGUCUGUGAACCAGUUACCGUGAUCUACGCGCGUCUCCUCGCGCACGUGUCGAUCGCUGGUCGAUUAUUCGCGCUCCGUUUCUCGACCCGCGUCUUUUCUCUCGAACCGUCACCCAGGCUGCAUCGAGGGAAAGAAAGUGCGCAAAAUCGAUCGAUGAUACGCGAGGUCAUCGGUGAACAGGUAUCGCGUUUCUUUUCCGCGUUUCGUCAGAGAGCAUCAAGGAUGACCGCUUGCGAGGCGGCAGAGCUGCGAUCGUGACGGCACACGCAACACGUGCACUCCGUUUAAAUCAACAAACGGCAGGCAGCCACGUAAAAACGGCUUGCAUACGUUAACGAGCAGGAAACGAAGAAAGUGCAAAACCCCUGUUCUCUCUUUCGCUCUCCCCCUCUACCUCUCUUUCUCUGUCCGUACGCUUCUCGGUAUACGCUCGCCGUAAAUGACACUUGUGAAAUCAACGCACACAUUUUCACCGCUUCGAGCGAGGAACUGUAGAAAAGAGGGUCGUUGACAGCACCACGCGUCGUGAUAAAUGUACCGGUGCGAGCCUCGGUGCCUACGUACUCGGCGAAAUUUUCCGAAAAACCCCUCCCUAUCUCCGUGAUUACGCGAUUUACGUGUCCGUGGACGCGUGAAUAUUCGAUUCGCGCGUUUCAUCGGGCCUCGCAUCGUGCGCGAGUCAUCGGCUGACUCCGCCGAGUUCGCUCGUUAAGUACGCGCGGAACAUUGGAAGUCGUCGCAAAGGAUCAAGAAAAGCAGAUAUGAGGUCGACCGGUCGCCACGCGAUCUAAGAAUAUCGCGAGUGGAUCGUUGAACUGGGCUUCCUUUCUUUCCACGUGUCGACGAGCGCACAGGGAAAUAAAUCAGCAACUUUCUCUGAACGCCGUCGACAACAGUAGCUCGUAAAACAUGUCGGGAGACACGACGUCCGACGAGGAGGGAUCGCAGGAGGAUUCCCCGAGAUACGACAUCGACGAUCUGGAAAUCAUCAAGACCAUAGGCACAGGCACCUUUGGCAGAGUGGUACUAUGCAGGCAUCAAGGUACCCCCCUAGCCUUGAAAAUCCUCUCGAUGGUGGACGUGAUCAGAUUGAAGCAAGUGGAACACGUACGAAACGAGAUCACCGUGCUGAAAGAGGUUAAGCAUCCCUUCAUCGUGAACAUGCUCUGGAGCGGAAGAGACGAGGCCAGAGUAUACAUGCUGCUGGAAUUCGUGGCCGGUGGCGAGCUUUUCUCUUACUUGAGAGCAGCUGGCCGAUUUUCCGGGCCCACCAGCUGCUUCUACGCCGCAGAAAUCGUUUGUGCUUUGGAAUACCUGCACAGCAAACACAUCGUUUACAGAGACCUGAAGCCUGAGAACCUCCUCUUGGACAGCCAAGGCCACCUGAAGAUCACAGACUUUGGGUUCUCUAAAAAGCUCACGGACAGGACGUGGACUCUGUGCGGCACGCCCGAGUAUUUGGCACCAGAAAUAAUUCAGAGCAAAGGACACAAUAAGGCGGUAGACUGGUGGGCGCUCGGAGUUUUGAUCUACGAAAUGUUGGCCGGGUUUCCGCCAUUUUUCGAUGACAAUCCUUUUGGCAUCUACGAGAAGAUACUGAGCGGUAGGAUAGAGUGGCCAAAACAUAUGGACCCGAUCGCCAAGGACCUCAUCAAGAAGCUUCUGAUCGCCGAUCGAACGAAAAGGCUAGGAAAUAUGAGACAGGGAGCCGACGACGUGAAGAGACAUCGUUGGUUCAAAUUGAUCGAAUGGCCAUUGGUACCUCAGAGAGCUCUGACUCCUCCGAUAAGACCGAGAGUUAAAGCGCCAGGCGAUCCAAGCUGUUUCGACGAUUAUCCUGAAACCGACUGGCGUUCCCAGCCUCCUUUACCACCUGAACAACUGGCUCUAUUUCAAGAUUUCUAAAAGAAACGCCAUGGACAAUCGUUCGUACGUUCGAACCGUGCCAGUCAUUCAUUGACGCAAAUUCGUUCGAGGAGCUUCCGGGUCGGGAUUAGGAUCGUCGAGUCGACGGCAUUGUGAUGUGUAUAAAGUUUCGCUUACGUUCAAACCGGAGUUCCUUUUUAUUUUGUACAUAGCAAGCCCCCCUUUUUGUAUUAUCUCGUUGUGCACCGUUUAUUUAUUCGUACUCGCUGCGUAGACUAGACACUUUCCUCCGCUGUUUUACGUUGUAAAUAAAAAAAAUGAGAAAGAAGGAAUGUAUAAGACGACGAAGAAAUUGUAAUUCAACACAGUUGAAAAUUGGAAUUCAGGGGGAAGUUGGUAUCUUCCUUCUGUCGCGAGAAAAGUGAUACGAAAUGUUGAGAGAAAUGAUUAUAAUUUUGUAAGACGCUCUUAUGUAAAAUAUUGUAACGUUG